AUGACCUCAACAAAAGCCUAUGUUUUGGCUUUGGCCGGUUGCACAAAUUCCGGGAAAUCCACGUUAGCAAAGGAAUUUCAACGAUUUUUUGGUGCCGGCGAGACUACAAUAAUAAAUCAAGACGAAUUUUACAAAACUGAAAACGAGGUUGAAAAAAUUUACCACCCGGACGCUGAGCAUCUCACCGAUGAGGGAUAUUAUUGGAGUUUUGACGAAAAAGAAGCGAUAAAUAUAGAUCAGUUUCGACAACGGAUUCUCAAUGAAUCGAAAGUUUAUAAAAAUGUGAUAAUCGACGGGAAUAUGAUUACCGAAAUGGACGAAAUCGUGGAUCUGUGUGAUCGGAUAGUUGUGAUGACACUGGAUUUUAAAACCUGCAAACGAAGACGCGAAGCUCGAACAGAUUAUGUGCCUGCAGACACACCUGGAUAUUUUGUCAACGUCGCUUUUCCUGCUUAUGUUAGACAUUUAGAAAGGGCGAGGCAAAGAAGUCGCACAGAUUCCCGAUUAACAUUCAUCGAUGUCUCGGAGUCCAAAUUUGAUGACAAGAACAAGUCGAUAGUUAACUUUAGACAACAAAUCCUUGAUGAUCAUAUAAAACUGACUGAUGAAGUGAUAGAUGUGAAGGUUGUGGAUCAGCUUGUUAGUCACCCUUCCUGUGGAGCAAUAUCCACCUUUAACGGUGUGACACGUGAUAACCAUGGAGGUCGUGACGUCAGCAACCUUUCCUACGAUUGUCACGACUUGAUGGCAUACAAGAAGCUACGUGGAAUCUGUGCAGAAAUUCGAGCGGAAUAUCCGGAUGUUAAGAAAAUCGCGAUUUUUCAUCGUCUAGGAAAAGUAGACAUCGGAGAGUCAUCUGUGAUAAUUUCCACGUCUUCACCACAUCGGAAGACUGCAAUUCAAGCCACUGAAAAAUGUAUUGAUUUAUUGAAGGAGCAUGCACCAAUCUUUAAAUACGAAGAAUACUCGAAUGGAGAAGUGGACGGAGUUUGGAAAUCAAAUAUCGAAGAUUCAAAACAAUGAUUUAAUCUGAAGAUGUUUUUUAUAAUUUUUAUGGAUAUGAGCUUAUUUGUGAUAUGUACAUUGUACAUUUUUGAAUAGAUGAACUUGCUAGCUAGAAUUUUAGAGAAUAAAUGUUUUCUUUU